UUGGCUCAGCUUCGCGCGGGCUGUCAUUGCCGGAUCCCAUCACACAUCUGCCAUACCAUCUCAAGCUACCGGCCAGUCGCACCAUUGAACCAAGCUUUUCCUAACUUCUCCCUAAUUGUUUCCAGUCGAGCUAAGAAAACGAACGAUACUUUGUUGAGGCCAACAUACAUUAUUUAUGGCGUUGAUUGCGUGAGCUGCAUCUGGCAGAUAUCUCAACAACUUUAUCACAUAUUACAUCAUGGAUCCUGUCACCGUCUUGGGAGCAGCAGCUGCGAGCGCUCAAUUUGUGGGAUACGCCGUGAAAGGCUUGCUAGGUGCUGCCAAGUUGCUACAAGAUGUCAAGGAUGCACCGUCGCAAGUACUUCAGCUUUUCGGCCAUGUUGAAAGAGAAGUAUCGUCAGUCAAUCGGCUGCUGCAACCAGAUUCGCCCGUAUACUCACACCUACCGAUCGACCAAUGUACACAGCUCUCUCCAUUCGUCCUUGAAGCACAAAGAGCUUUAGAAGAUCUCCGGAAGAUUCUUCUGCCCCUGGGAACUGAUCUGAAAGAGCUCGAGGGAAAGAGUGGCAGUCUGAAUCGUAUCGCUCGAUUGUGGAAGUCUACUAUAACCGUAAAAGUCAUGAAAGAGGUUGAGAUAGAUCUGAAAGUCAUUGAAAGGCUGAAGACUAGCCUCAUCCUUGAGCUGAACAUUUCCGGCUUUGCGACACAGUUUUUGCUGCACAGUCUUUGCUGCAGUAAGCUGACCCUGUAAAAUGGUGAGCGACGUAAAAUUCAACCCUGUUUCUGUGCAACAGUGAGCAGAGCGCUCAAAUCUCUGGAUUGGUCACUUCCUCUUCAACGCGCAUCGGUGACACUUUUCGAAUCGUCAAACAGACCCAUGCCCGACAAGCUCAAAAUUCCAGCUCAAUCGACGCUUUUAUGGUAGAUGCCUCCCAGAACUUAGAUGCUGUAC